UUUCUGGAAGGCUGGGGAUGUAUUCCCUCAGCUUUCUUGCAAUGGGCUUUAAAUCGCGCAGAAAUCCCUCGCAACCGCGGCUCGAUCGGCCUCGCUGUUAUGUUUGCCCCAUUAGGGAGGGAGGUUUCGUUCCGCCAGAGUUUCGCGCGGACCUCGUUUCCGUCCCGCGCGCACUUUCCAGGCAAAUGCAAGAGCGGGAGGCUGCCGAGCGCAGAAUCCUGUCGACCCCCGUCACGUGACGCUCCCAACGUCACUCCGGCCGAGGAGAGGGAAAGACGGCGAGAGUGGGGGAAAGUUGGCCGCCAUUUUUUCUCCCUCGACGGACGAUGCGGCGGAGCCUUCGGCCCGCAGCCGGGCCCUCGCUGGCGCUCCUCGCGCUGCUGUACGGACCCCUGCCCGGAGCUCUGCCCUCCAAAGUCCCCGCACACGAAUGCGGAAGAAGGCCUCUUGUGGAUGAGACAGCAGAAGGAUCUCGGAUUAUAGGUGGACAUGAUGCUCAGCUUGGGGCUUGGCCAUGGCAAGUUAGUCUACAAGCUCAACCUGCUCCUGGAGAAUCUUUUUACCAUAUAUGUGGUGGAUCUUUAAUUAAUAGCUACUCAGUGCUGACAGCAGCACACUGCAUUAAAGUAAAUAUGAGUCCAGAAUCUUGGAGGGCAGUGAUUGGCUUGCAUCAUCUGUAUAAACCCCACUCUCGUACUGUAAUACAGAAGGUCAGCACUAUCACAAUCCAUUCUGACUUUGAAUGGGGCACCUUUGAAAAUGAUGUUGCCUUGUUUCAACUUGCCAAGUCUGUCAAGUACAAUGACUAUAUUCAGCCCAUCUGCUUACCUGACACUCCUCCUCUCCUGUCUCAUGAUACCUCGUGUUACAUAAGUGGAUGGGGAAGCACAUAUGAACAUGGGAAAGCUGUACGUAUAUUACAAGAAGCUCAAGUCAACAUUAUUCCACAGCAAAUCUGUAACAAAUUUGAUUGGUAUGCUGGGGCAGUAUCAUUGAAUAUGCUUUGUGCUGGUACUGAAAACGGGAGUGUCGAUAGCUGCCAGGGAGACAGUGGUGGUCCUCUGAUGUGUUCUUUCCUAGAUGACAAGUAUUAUCUGGUAGGAAUCACCAGCAGUGGUGUUGGUUGUGGCCGACCACAAUUACCGGGAAUCUAUAUCCGUGCAGCAAAUUACAGAAGUUGGAUUGAUUCACAUGUAUCUGACAACAAAACCACCACUGUGAGCAUUCAGUUUGUCCUGAUCUUUUCAACUGCUGGAUGGGUAACUUUCCACCUCAUUUUCUAAAAGAGGCAAACUUCUACUCCACUGAACUAGAAUAAUCUUGAAUUGUUUUCUGAAUUUACUUCUUCCUCUUGGCAAAUGUGUUUUAGCCAAAUUCAUUGAUCUGGAUUCAGGCAUUAAGAUCCCGUUGAAAUCAAAGUGUACUUUGUCCCAUGGAUUUAAUUGGGAAUGAAAAGUGACACACAGAGCAACCCAAACUGGACUUAGAAACAGCAGUGGAGUGACAAAUAUGUUGCCACAUCAAAAGUCCUGCUGACUCAUGCUGACCAAGGCAGAUGUUGGGGAGGGGAGGGAUAUUUUUUGCUGUGCCAGCUCCAGUCUGCUAUAGCUGAGAGGCCUUGAAUAUCAAACCUCUCAGGGAGUCUGUGGGACUUUGGGUCCAACAGACCCAAAGCUGCCAGUACCCUGACUCUACCCUGCAAUGCCUGUUUUGUGGCUGCUAGUUACCACUGGCAGUAACUUUUUGAAUGAUUCUGGGGCAUCUGCAAAGCAAACCCCAUCCCAUGGCAGAGAGGCGAUUACAUUUCAUCCAGUCCCCAUCAACAUGUGUUUAUGUAAGGGAUUGUGUUAUUAGUUUGCAUCCAGUCCUUUAUUUUUAAACAACCUAUAUGCUUUGUAUUUUUAUUAUUAUUUACUGAAUUUAUAUACUGCCCUAUACCCAGACACCUCAGUGUGGCUCACAGAACAAAAUAAGAUUCAAAUAUAUUAUUUCACCCUUAAUUUAAAAAUAUGAACCCGAAAGGCGCUUUUCAGUUAACAUGUGUGAUUUACAUUGCAACCAUCACACUCUUCAAAAUGGGCUAACAGGCAUGCUCUGAAAACAGUCACUGAGCAUAUGAUACAAACAUAUUUUUAUUAAUGUUUAAGCAGAGGACUCAUAAUUUGUGGAAUUCAAAUCUUACCCAUUUUUUUAUUAUUCUAGAAAAAAUGUACAUGACAGUUGCCUAACAAACAAUGCCAUACAAUUAUACCGU